AUGGAGAUCAUGAAAAGAACGAUAUGCGUCGCGGUGGAGGUUUGUGUACAGUACAAAUUACAUGUAAUGCAGGACCAGGAAAUAAAAGAGAGUCGACUGUGUGAUAAUAUAUUAAACCCACAUUCACUGGGAAAUCUCCGCUAACGGCCACCUCUGAACAACAGCCAGAUAUAGUCUAACCUCCACAAACGGCCACUAUUUUUUGUCCCGGUGGACUUAUUAUCCAUACAUUGACUUUUGUUUAAAUCUCUUUACAACGGUCACUUUCUUCCGUCCUCAAGGUGGCCGUUGUGGAGGGGUUCUGAACUGUAAUCAACUAAAGGAUUUCCUUAAUUAAUUAUUAGCCUGAAACUUAUAUUAUGAGUGCCAAAAACAUCCCUCCAACUUUAGAUAAAAUAGAUAAAAUAGCCUCCAUCCCAGUCGCUCUCCCUUCGCCCUUAAAAAAAAAAACAGCAACAACAAAAAAACAAAACAAAAAAGGGCUCCUGGCAGGGUAUAAAUGAAAUGUAUGUUACUAUUGAUAUUGUGGAAAUCUGCGUAGCUACUAGCUAUAUUGGUUACUGUAGAAACCUCUCCUUUCCAAUCGGUAGCAUGCACGAUAUUGACAGUUCCACAAUAUAUGUAGCCCAGUUGCUAAUUCCAUUCAAAUCAGCCUGUGUGCAGACGUCUGCUAUUUCCUUUGUUGCAAAAAAGGAGGCAGAGAGUUAUUAUUCAUAGUAUUUUUUGUAAGAAUAAGAGGGCCAUUUCUGUGCACAAAACAUAACUUAUGUUUAAAAUCCUUCAUUUUUUAGGUUCUUGUUUUGGUUGCGGCCACCCACGGAAUAUAUCCUGAUGGGGCCGAUCACUACUGGCCCUUAAAUGAGAUUUGGUAUUCACGUGUCUAUGAUCACGUGGGAUAUCCUGUCCAGGGAAGAUGGCAUGGAACACUCAAAGGUAAUGUAUAUUACCUGCCUCCUCAUUUUCACCGAUGUUCUAGCUAUACCUUCAGAAAAAUCUCCAUUUUCCCGCAAGGGAGUUAGGGAGCAUCCAAACUAUUUAAGCAUAAUUAUAAUUGUCUCAGAAAAACAUUAUUUGGAAAAUCAAACAUGCAAACAACAUCAAAAACAAAACGGAACCGCCCCUCCCCCGAAAAAUGAUUAAUAAGAGUGAUUUUAUUUUCAGGAAAGGCUGAAAUGAAGUGGUCCUCUCCUCAGCUUGGGCUCGAUCUGUACGAUAAAGACACAUGGAUUGAUUUAGGCUGGAGAGAAAACUCCUGUUAUGCGGACGUGAAAUACUGCAACCAAACUGGAUUCACAAUUUCAUUCUGGGUGGCUUUUUGCGAGGCUAACUCACACCAACGUUUAUUUGAAUUUGGUAGCGGUGAUUGUGGGCUUAACCUUAUUCUUACAAAUGAAAGUGAAAUUGUAGCCACAAUAAAAAGCAUGGAAUUAAGAAAAAUAUGGACCAUAGUAAGUGGGAAUGCAACCAUUGGUGUCAGGGAAUGGCAUCAUGUGACCCUGACUUGGAACAACAGUGGUGACGUUUAUCUCUUCUUAAAUGGUACAAGGUACUGCAGUGUUGAUAUGUAUUGAGGUCUUUGCCGUAAAUGAUACAGAACCGAAUCCAAUGUAAUUUGACGUAAAUUAACGGCGAAAAACAAAAAGCUGUGAAGAACUAGUUCUGCGAGUUUUUUGAGCGUUGCAAGUCAAAGUUUUAAUUUAGAAGUGUUGGCUUUGAGGAGAGCUAGGCGAAAACUGGAGUACCAUGCGGAAAAAACCUCGGGGGACAAAAAAGAGACUGAAUCAAUAUUAAAAUCUAUGGCGCCUUAACGUCUGUUCUAUUGGUGGACGCCUCUUUUCUCAAAACUGCGCUACUUGCUCCCCUAAUACCACGAUCACUGAUGAUAUUCUCUCUUGAAUUACUGUCUGUAGGUUGGAGAAUAUACAAAAAGAAGAGAUUCAUUUUACUUGUGCUGAUGCAAGUUGCAGUUGCGAUUGGGCAAUGAAAAUUGGCGGCCUUCAAUCAUAUUCUUCCUUGAGGUUUUCUAGAGUGAUCAUCUGGCAUUAUGCUUUAGACAACAAAACAAUUCAAGAUUUAUCAACUAUAAUGCAAGGUAACACAGGCCUAACAAUGCAGUGAUGUCACAACAUCAUUACUUUUUCUGUACUCCAUUUGUACCCAAUUGCAUUUACUAAGUAAACUCAAGUUUGGAAUUGUGUAUUAGGUACUCUAUUCUUCCCCAACCCUCCUUUAAAAAUUUAAAAAAACAUUGAGGUUAAUGACAUCAGAAAAUGGAAUUUUGAAUCGGAAAUCCGGAUUCCGGAAUCCAAGAAAUUUUUGCUUGUGGAAUCCGGAAUCCUGGGCUUUGGAAUCCGGAAUACAGCUCAAGGAAUCCGGAAUCCCACUAACAAUUGGAAUCCAGAAUCUAAGUUCCACUGACUGGAAUCCAGUACCUGGAAUCCGGAAUCCACGGAGUGGAAUCCAGAAUCCAAGAUUGUCUUCGAUUCUCUUAGUAAGGCGAUUUGAAUGUCAAGCAAAGAUUGUGCUACCGUUUGGCGACAAAAGAAGUCAAACGUUGUAACAAGCACAUCAUUACGUCGUAUAUGGCCGUUUUUGGAUCCCCGAUACGUUAUGACUCCACUUUCGUUCUUGAUGGGCAAGAAAAACAAAAGUCUCGAAAAGAAGGGUCAGAAACGAACAACAACACAACACAAUAUUGAUUUCUCUGACCAUGUGCUUUUAUUACAAUGCCACUCGGGCUUAUGGGGGAUAAGGGGUUUCCAGACCAUCAUAGUUAGGGAAAAAGACAAACCAAUAAGUUAACAGUUUUCACACAAUUUUCUUAAGGACUUAUCUCAAAUCUCCCAUUAUAUAUGUUGGUAAUGGCCCUGCAUAAAGUGUCCGGGCAUAUUUGAAGGCUUUGUACUGUUAACCAAAGACACGUCCGACAAAUCCUUGUUUGACUCUGAAUCAUGAUUCUGGUAGGCCUGCAUUUGUCAAACAGAGGAUGUGGUGGCUCUUGGAUUGCCAAUCUCCAAUUCUGCUAUUAUAUCAAUGCUAACGGGAAGCAAAUCUGGGCGGAGGCCAAGAGAAUUUGCGACUCAUUGCUCGGAAAUCUGGUCAGCAUCGGAAGCCAAGAAGAGUAUGACUUCCUUGAAGAUGCAAUGAAAAAGAAAAAGGUCUCCUCAUGUCUACACAUCGGAUUACAAAACAACACUGGGAGCUCUGAGCCUUCUUGGGUAGAUGGAAAUGUUUGGAGUUUUUCAAAACUGAACGGAAGUUACGGGGAGGAAAACAACAAUAACUCAUGCGUGCACCGUGGCGUAGAUGGUCUGUGGUAUUUUGGAAAGUGCAACAAGGAAUGCGGUCUAAUCUGUAAAAAAUAUAGAGGUAUGAGAAAUUUCUUAUGCCCGGAAGAGGAGGGUAAAAAAUUCGAUCAUACCCCUCGGUUUGUGUAGAAUCGCAACUUGUGUCGUCAAGAUUUAAUUUCUAUCAAACAUCCAAGCGGUUCAGCGCCAUCUUUAAUUUUCGAAACAUUUCUUUCAGUUUCAAGCCUUGAUUUAAAAUUUUGGUGUUUGCAAAAGGUUCUCUCGUUGCUACUAUAAUUCAGUAUUGUGUACAAGAAUGGCCUUAAUGUGUUGUAUAACCAUUGGAAUGCAUCAUAUAAAAAACCUUCGAAGUAUUAAUCUAGGGUGCUGAAAAUAUUGCAAACCCUUAAGGAGCCACCUUAAUGGCGCCCAUUUCUUUUUCCACUACAGGUAAUGUGUUUCGAAAUGCCGAGUUCCGCUGCCGAGUGCGAAGGCACGAUCACCAACUAGUCCAUCAUCGGGUGUCAAUCAGAUUGGUUCAGAAUGAACUGGCUUGUGCAAUUGACUGUUUAAUUUAUGGUUCGGGCUGCAAGUCAUAUAACUAUAAACACAACUACGACUCAGUAUCAAAUGGCGAGAACUUAUGUGAGCUGAACAGCUCCAGUCAAGGCCAACACCCCGGUAGUCUGAUCCGAAACCGUGGCUUUCAGUAUUGCGAAAGAGUUUCAUUUUAA